CCAGCAAUUUCGUCAUCAGCACGUGACACUGGAGGGCACUUCGAUUAAGUGUGCGGUGCCGAAGGGCUAGUUUGGGAAUCUCAGCUGUAUACUGAGAAACGUUAACUGCUUUGUAUGGUGUGUAAUUACUUCUACAGCAUGAGUUCAGAAUCGGUAAUCCUGUUGGACACUGUCAAUUUCGCCGCUGAAAAGCACCGCAAUCAACGACGCAAAGACGCUGAACAAACACCAUAUAUCAACCACCCAAUCGGAGUGGCAAGGAUCCUUAGCCAUGAAGGUGGAAUCACAGACAUUGAAGUUUUGCAAGCUGCUUUACUACAUGACACAGUGGAGGACACUGAUACCAGCAUAGGAGAGUUGGAGGCUGUCUUUGGGCAAACGGUUGCACGGAUCGUGCAGGAAGUGACUGACAACAAAACGUUGUCCAAGCUGGAAAGGAAACGUCAGCAGGUGGAGCAUGCGCCUCACUGCAGCCAUCAGGCCAAAUUGGUCAAACUGGCUGACAAACUGUACAACCUGAGGGACCUCAACAGAUGCACGCCCACAGGUUGGACCACAGAGCGUGUCCAAGAGUACUUUGUGUGGGCUGCCCAGGUGGUAAGAGGACUGAGGGGGACCAAUCCAGCACUGGAGGGGAAACUCGAGGAGCUCUUCAAACAGAGGGGGGUUGAGCUUUGACCCCUGUCUGCAUUUCACAGUGAUACAAAAGAGCAAUAUACUCUACUCUCCCUUGGGAAAGCCCUGUGUACUUCCAUGUAUAUUUGUGGUGGAUACAUUUUUUUAUUUUUAGUACACUUCUUUGCAGAAAUGUCAAAUGAUAAUGUAAUCUUGAGUUUUCUGGCUGUAAUAAAUAAACCAGUGCUAUGCCUUUGUGAUAAAAAUGA